GUUUCAUGUGGAGAGAGAGUGGAGUGGAGUAGAACACUUGAAGUACUUCGUGUUAUGUUAUUAAAAUAUAUAAUGACCACAUGGAAUGACGAGAUAGGACUCCCAUAUUUCACAAGGAAUCCAAAGUUCUUUUUCACCAAAUACUCCAGAUAUCCUGUCAUUGUGCAAGUGCUCCCCCGAGGCAAGAAGUCAUCUUCACGUGGAGUAUGAAUUUGUCAAGCAACUUGAUAUUUGCUGACUGUUGAACAAAAGUCAAAUCUUACCAUUGAAAAGGACACGCCCCGUGUGACUACCUUCUCCUCAUUAUCGUUCUUCUCUCUUCUGUCAUAAUGUCGGAUAAUGUUGCUCAUGCUCUCUCUGGUGCCGGUGGUGGUAUCGUCUCCAUGGUCUUGACCUAUCCUUUGGUCUCGAUUUCUACUCGUCUUCAAGUCCAAAAGAAGUCCAACUCUGAGGACGCUUACAAGAACACUUUGGAUGCCUUCGUCAAGAUCAUGGCCAGAGAAGGUCCCAAGGGAUUGUACUCCGGUUUGAGCUCUGGUGUAGUUGGUAUUGCUAUUACCAAUGGUGUUUACUAUUACUGCUAUGAGGCUGUCAAGGCUGCCUUCGAGAAAGCCAAGGGCAAGGGUACUCCCUUGACUACUGCCCAAUCUAUGGCUGCUGGUGCUCUUGCCGGUGCUGCUGUCGUGCUCGCCACCAACCCCAUCUGGACCAUUAACACUCGCUUGACUACCAGAAAGGGAGAUCGCAACGGAAAGUCUGCCGAUGGUUUCUUCAAGACUGCACUUAAGAUGUUGAACGAAGAAGGUCCUCAAAGCUUCUAUGCUGGUGUUCGUGCUGCUUUGGUUUUGGUCAUGAACCCCAUUAUCCAGUACACCGUUUUUGAGCAGGUCAAGAACUUUAUCUCCAAGAAGAGACAACUUGGAAACUUUGAUUUCUUCCUUCUCGGUGCCGUCUCCAAGUUGGCUGCCACUAGCAUCACCUAUCCUUACAUCGUUGUCAAGUCUCGCAUGCAGGUCAAGAGCAAGGAUGAGGAAGGUUACAAUUCGAUCUUGGAUGGCUUCAGAAGCAUUAUUGCCCAUGAAGGUAUUGGCGGUUUGUACAAGGGCAUUAGCUCCAAGAUUGUGCAAUCUGUCUUGACUGCUGCUUUCUUGUUCAUGGCAAAGGAAGCCCUGUUCGAUUGGGCCGUCUGGGCCCUUGUCUUGGCAGGAGCCCGCCCCGCUAAGAACACCAUCUCCAAGGCUUAAAUAGAUCAUUUACUCCAACCACCUUUAGAACGAUGCUGCUUCUUCUAUUCCCCCAAUGUAUCAAUAUGGAACCUAGUUAUAAAAAAAAAUAAAGCAACCGUACUUUUCCACCAACACA